AGUGAAGAUUUCCAGAAACUUGCAGAAAGAGAAAUCGCCGCCUGUGAAGAAGAGAUAGCUGAACUGAAACAGCAGAUAGUAUUGCUUUUGAUUCCUUCAGAAGAAACAGACAAGAGUGAUCUUGUCAUGGAAGUAACCGCUGGAGUUGGAGGGCAGGAAGCCAUGCUGUUCACCUCGGAGAUAUUUGAUAUGUAUCAACGAUAUGCUGCCUAUAAAAAGUGGAAAUUUGAAAUAUUAGAAUACUUUCCCAGUGAAAUAGGUGGCCUAAGGCAUGCCGUUGCCAGUAUAGCAGGUCUUGAGGCUUACAAGUACAUGAAAUUUGAAGGAGGAGUGCAUCGUGUUCAGCGGGUACCAAAGACAGAAAAACAAGGACGCAUCCACACCAGCACAAUGACUGUUGCAAUAUUACCCCAACCCACUGAGAUGAAGCUGCAAAUUAAUCCAAAAGAUCUACGGAUAGAAACAAAGCGAGCUACUGGAGCUGGAGGCCAGCAUGUCAAUACCACAGACAGUGCUGUACGGAUAGUUCAUAUUCCAACAGGGAUCGUGUCUGAAUGUCAACAAGAAAGAUCUCAAAUUAGAAACAAAGAGAAGGCUAUGCAAAUGCUAUGUGCUAAACUGUACAACGCCAAACUGGAAGAAGAAACCAAAAAGAGAAACAGUGUUCGAAAGAUUCAGAUUGGGACUAAAGGAAGAUCAGAGAAGAUCAGAACAUACAACUUUCCACAGGACCGUAUUACUGACCACAGGAUAAGCAGAUCAGUGCAUCAUAUUGAGUGUUUCAUGCUAGGAGAAGAAAAGCUAGAUGAAAUGAUACAAACUCUGAGAGAAUAUGCUGAUUAUGAAUCUUUAAUGGAAAUUAUUUCAGAAAAUGAAAAAAACCUAUCAUGAACAUUGGUCUUUGUCAGCCCAUUACAACAGAUGUGGACUUCUGUCUGCAAAGGAACUUCUUGGCGCACCACCCAGAAAACUCAACUGCUUUUCAGAUCCUGAAAGACAUUACAACUUAUUUCCUCAUCACUGAUAAAGUUUUCUUACUUGCUAAGUAAAA